AGAAAGGAAAGGAGUUAGGAGGGAAGUCUCUGGGAAAGAGGUUUGACCUCUCUUUCUCUCUCUCUCUCUCUCUCUCUCCCUUGUUUUUUAACCAAUCCAACCCUUUGAAUGUUGGAUUGAAUUUGCCUUGUAAAUUCCUCUUCUCAUCCUUAUUCUUAUUAAUCAAUGACCCUCCUUCCCUUCUCUUUCCCAUAAAUCUCACCACUCUAAUCUUUACAUGCCAUCUUUGAAUUUUUCUCUCUUGAUCUAAGUUUCUUUGAAAAUAUCAGCUGCUUUCUUGAAAAGUCAAAAUUUUCUUCAUCAUCUUUCAUUUAAAGCUUUGCUUUAGUUUUGGCAUGUGAUCUUGAGAAAUUGUGUACCCAAUUCUAAUAUUUGAUUGUUCAUAGCAAGAUCCUGGAUCUUGGAGAUCUUUCUAUCCCAAUUGCAAAUAGCAUUUCCUAUUUUGCUUAAAAGCUUCAGAUAUUAACUUUAAAAAAAAAAAAUCAAUCUUUCUCUUCAAAUUUCCAAAUACCCAAUUCACCAGCAGCCAUAAUUAUCCAAACAGACAAACAAAAUUUCAUUUUUGUUUAUUUAUUUUUUUUAGCUUCCUGAUUCAUGGGUAAUUGUUGUGCUACUCCACCAUCAGACCCUCAUGAGAACAAGAAGUACAAGAAGAAACCAAACCCAUUUUCCAUCGAUUAUGGCCUUAACAAUGGUGUCAGCCACAGGCUUACUGUUCUGAAAGACCCAACAGGAAGAGAAAUUGAGCAAAGGUAUGAGCUUGGUGGAGAGCUAGGCAGGGGUGAAUUUGGAGUCACAUAUUUAUGUACAGAUAAAGAGAGUGGUGAAAAGUUUGCUUGCAAAUCAAUCUCUAAGAAGAAGCUAAGGACAGCAGUAGAUAUUGAGGAUGUUAGGAGAGAAGUGCAGAUCAUGAAACAUUUACCUAAGCAUCCUAAUAUUGUGAGUUUGAAAGACACAUAUGAAGAUGAUGAUGCAGUGCAUUUGGUUAUGGAGUUGUGCGAGGGUGGAGAGUUGUUUGAUAGGAUUGUGUCUAGAGGUCAUUACACUGAAAGAGCUGCCGCUGCGGUUACAAAGACUAUUGUCGAGGUUGUUCAGAUGUGCCACAAGCACGGCGUGAUGCAUAGGGAUCUGAAACCUGAGAACUUUUUGUUUGCAAACAAGAAGGAGAGUGCAGCUUUGAAGGCAAUUGAUUUUGGGUUGUCUGUGUUUUUCAAGCCUGGUGAAAGAUUCAAUGAGAUAGUAGGAAGUCCAUACUACAUGGCUCCUGAGGUGCUAAAGAGGAAUUAUGGUCCUGAAGUAGACGUCUGGAGUGCCGGCGUCAUACUUUACAUCUUACUUUGUGGUGUCCCUCCCUUUUGGGCAGAAACUGAACAGGGAGUUGCACAAGCAAUCAUUAGGUCUGUUGUAGAUUUUAAGAGGGAUCCUUGGCCUAAGGUUUCUGAUAAUGCAAAAGACCUUGUGAAAAAGAUGCUUGAUCCUGAUCCAAAGCGUCGGCUUACAGCUCAGCAAGUGCUAGACCACCCUUGGUUGCAAAAUGCAAAGAAGGCUCCUAAUGUUUCUUUAGGUGAAACGGUGAAAGCAAGGCUCAAGCAAUUCUCUGUAAUGAACAAGCUCAAGAAAAGAGCUCUUAGGGUAAUAGCUGAGCAUUUGUCAGUAGAGGAAGUUGCUGGCAUAAAGGAGGGCUUCCGGUUGAUGGAUACUAGCAAUAAGGGCAAGAUUAAUCUUGAUGAGCUAAGAAUUGGGUUGCAGAAACUGGGUCAUCAGAUUACUGAUACUGAUGUUCAAAUGCUAAUGGAAGCUGGUGAUGUAGAUCGAGAUGGCCAUCUGGACUAUGGGGAGUUUGUUACCAUUUCUGUUCACCUAAGAAAGAUGGGCAAUGAUGAACACCUUCGCAAAGCCUUCGAAUACUUUGAUAAAAACCAAAGUGGCCAUAUUGAAAUUGAGGAGCUAAGAAAUGCCUUGGCUGAUGAACUGGAUGAAAACAGUGAAGAGAUUAUUAGCGCCAUUAUUCAUGAUGUAGACACAGAUAAGGAUGGAAGAAUAAGCUAUGACGAGUUUGCUACGAUGAUGAAAGCUGGUACAGAUUGGAGAAAAGCAUCAAGGCAGUAUUCACGAGAGCGGUUCAAUAAUCUGAGUCUCAAACUAAUGAAGGAUGGAUCUUUACAGAUGAACGAGGGUAGAUGACUCAACAAGAGAAAUGACAACUUAAAAGAAAACUAAAAGUACACUUCUAGUAUUUUUUUUCUUUCACAUUUUUUCACAGAUUUCUUUUAAUUCCUUUUCAAUAUUUGGUUUUUCGGUAACUAGGGUUUGGGCUCCUGGUUGUUGAUUGUUCUUUUUCUUUUUUCAUGAAUUUGCGAAGUUCCUUGUGUUGGUUGCGAGAGUGGUGGAACAACACUAUUGGAUAAAGGUUGAAACGGCUGUUAUUUGUGCUUGUAAAUAUUGUUAAAAUGUUAUUAAUUCCAUCAAAGUAAAUCACCUGGCUAUUUGUUAGGUGUGCCUUACAUGAA